AUGACAAUUAUAUUUGGGAAAUUCAUCCAAAGUUUUUUUGAUUUUGAGUUUGCCAUCAAUACUGGAAGUGAUGUUGGUGUCGCAAAAGAAAAAUUAAAUGAUGAUGUCAAAAGAAAUGCUUAUUAUUUCUUAGGUCUCGGUUGUGCCGUUUUCGUAUUUUCUUAUGGUCAAAUGUCUUUUUGGAUGUUCUCCGGCGAAAGACAGGCAAAAAGGAUUCGUGAAUUGUAUUAUACCGCAAUCCUUCGUCAAGAUAUCGCUUUCUUUGAUACUGUCUCAACUGGUGAUGUUACCACCCGUAUCUCUGGUGACACGAGCCUUUACCAAGAAGGAAUUUCAGAAAAAGUUGGUUUAAUAUUGCAACAGUUCGCCACUUUCAUUGGUGGUUUCGCAGUCGCUUACACGACAGGAUGGAAAUUGUCACUUGUUCUUACUGCUAUAAUCCCGCUCCUCGCUGUCGCUGGAGGUGUAAUGGCCAAAGCCAUUUCUAAUGACGCUUCUCAAGGACAAGAUGCUUACGCCGAAGCCGGUGGUAUAGCCGAACAAGUCUUAUCUGGAAUUCGAACUGUCGUUUCAUUUGGCGGGGAAAAACGCGAACUCGCUCGUUACAAUAAUAAAUUAAAUGAUGCAUAUAAAAUUGGUGUAAAGAAAGCUUUUAUAAGUGGUGCCGGUCUUGGUGCGAUGAUGUUUAUUAUGUUUGGAAGUUACGGUUUAGCUUUCUGGUAUGGAAGCAUUCUUAUCGUCAAAGGUGAACAAACCGGGUCGGAAGUUUUGAAUGUCUUCUUCGCUGUUAUCAUUGGUGCCUUCUCUAUCGGAAAUGCUGCGCCACACUUCUCGUCGGUGGGAAAUGCGUUAGGUGCGGCUACCAAACUCUUCGCUGUUAUUAAAAGGGUUCCCACUAUAGAUUCCUCUUCAAAUGCGGGCAAAAAUAUCAAUAGAUCUGAGCUUGUAGGAAAAAUUGAAUUCAAAAAUAUUAAAUUUCAUUAUCCCACGCGUCCUGAAGUACAAGUUUUAAACGAUUUCAAUUUAACGAUUGAACCUGGUCAAACUGUUGCUCUAGUUGGUAGUUCAGGAAGUGGUAAAUCAACAAUUGUUGGUUUAUUAGAAAGAUUUUAUAAUCCUAUUAGUGGAACUAUUACUUUGGACGGUGAAGAUAUUAAAAAUUUUAAUGUUAAAUCUUUAAGGACUCAAAUUGGUCUCGUAGGUCAAGAACCCGUCCUUUUCCCUGAAAGUAUUAAGCAAAAUAUUUUAUGGGGUGCUGAUCCUUUUAAGAAAGAGCAAACUUUGGAACAUGUUAUUGAAGCUUGUAAGAAAGCCAAUGCUCAUGAUUUCAUUGAUGAGUUACCAAAAAAAUAUGAUACCUUAGUUGGUGAAAAAGGUGCUUUGUUAUCUGGAGGUCAAAAACAACGUAUCGCAAUUGCUCGUGCUUUGAUUAAAGAUCCUCCGAUAUUAUUACUCGACGAAGCCACAUCUGCCCUUGAUACCGAAUCUGAGAAACUUGUGCAAGAUGCUCUUGAUAAUGCUUCAACGAAUCGAACUACAAUCGUUAUUGCACAUCGGUUAUCAACCAUUAAAAAUGCCGAUAAAAUUGUCGUUAUGUCUAAAGGUGAAAUUAUAGAAGUUGGUCGCCAUGACGAAUUAAUAGCCAAACAAGGUGCUUAUUUUGGACUUGUAAAAGCCCAAGAAUUAAAGACUCGACAACUUGGUUCCGAAGAUAUUAACGAUAACGAAGAUGAUGAAGACGAUUCAAGUUUAAGUAAUCAAACCGAGGAUGAAACAACCAUUAAUUUUGAUGACAAACAUCACAAUUUACAUUUACGUCGUAUGUCAACAAAAGCUUCAACCGUAAAAUCUGGUGGUAAAACGGAACAAGAAAUCCUUGAAGAGUCCGAGGCGGAAAAAUUAUUGCAAAAAAUGCCACUUUCAAGAGUUUUUAGAAUGAACUCUCCCGAAGCCAUUCUCAUAUUCAUCGGAACAAUCUCAGCCGCCGUUAAUGGAGCCAUCAUGCCACUCUUCUCUUUAAUUUUCUCUUCAAUUUUAACCGUAUUUUCAAGAACUGAUCAACCUAUAGAACUUCGAAAACAAGCAAAUUUCUGGGCUGGGAUGUUUGGAGUUCUUGCUUUGGUCGCAUUUCUUUGCAAUUUCUUCCAAAUCUCAUGUUUCAUGCUUUCAGGUGAAAGACUUACAAGAAGGUUACGCAGCUUAACAUUUGAAGCUCUUAUGAAACAAGAAAUCGGUUAUUUUGAUGACGAAAAUAAUGGUACCGGUAUUCUGACAUCAAAAUUAGCUGUCGAUGCCACUAAAGGAAUUGCAUUUUACUUUGGUUGGAAACUUACAUUGGUUAUUCUUGCCGCAGCUCCGGUUGUUGCCAUUGGUGGAUUUUUGGAAAUGAAGUCUCUUGCAGGUUUUGGGGCGAAAACGCGUAAAGCUUAUGAAGGUACCGGACAAAUUGUUCAACAGAGUGUUUCCAAUAUGAGAACAAUUUCAGCCCUUACCAGAGAAGAUACAUUCAGAACCAUGUACAUUGAAGCUAUUCGAAUUCCUCACAAGAUUGCUAUUAAAGGAAGUUUUCUAUCAUCUUUUGGAUUCGCAGCUUCUCAAGGAUUUUUAUAUUUUGUUUGGUCUCUUGCUUUCUGGUAUGGAGGACAAUUAAUUAUUAGUCGAGAAUACGAAACUACAUUCGCACCAAAUACCGCAAAAGCCAAGGUUGCGGCACUUUCAAUUUUUGAAAUUCUUGAUCGUGAAUCAAAAAUUGAUGUAUCAGAUACCGAAGGAAAAGAUAGACCUACGCCAGUUACAGGUGAAGCAAGGAUUGAAAGAGCGCAUUUUAAUUAUCCAGCGAGGCCCGAUAUACAUAUUCUUAAAGGAUUGGAUAUGUCAAUUCUAGCUGGUAAAACGAUUGCAUUAGUUGGAUCUUCAGGAUCGGGAAAAUCAACAGUCAUAUCAUUAUUGCUAAGAUGGUAUGAUGUUAACUCAGGAAAAGUCGAUAUAGAAAAGAUUAAUAUAAAAGAUUGGAACCUUGAAUAUUUGAGAUCAAACCUUGCAUUAGUAGGACAAGAGCCUGUAUUAUUUGAUUCAACAAUAAGAGAAAGCAUUGCUUAUGGUAAAGAUGGGUGUUCACAAGAAGAAAUUGAAACAGCGGCAAAAGGGGCAAAUAUUCAUAACUUUAUUAUGAGUUUGCCUGAUAAAUAUGACACGAGAGUAGGAGAAAAAGGUACACAAUUAUCGGGGGGACAAAAGCAACGCGUUGCUAUCGCGAGGGCAUUAAUUCGUUCACCAAAGUUAUUAUUACUUGACGAAGCCACAUCAGCUUUAGAUUCCGAGUCCGAAAAGGUAGUACAAAAUGCUUUAGAUAAAGCUUCUAAAGGUAGAACUACACUUACCAUUGCACAUCGAUUGUCCACCAUACAAAAUGCCGAUUUAAUUUUAGUUUGCAAGAAAGGUAAAAUUGUUGAAAGUGGUAAUCAUAUGGAACUAAUUUCUCAACAAGGUUUAUAUUAUGAAUUAGUUAAUAAGCAAACUUUAAUGAAAAAGAAGUAA